AUGUCUGUCAUCCAGCUGGAAGAGCUGGUGUCCUACCAACUACGGACGAGCUACCUCGACGAAAUCGCAGACGGUGUGGGCGAGAGAUUGCUCACCGUCAACGACAGCUUUCUAAACUCGGGCGCAUUCAAGGCGGCGGGAUGGCGUCCCAACUCGUCCCAUAUCAAGAGGACGUACUCUCCUCCAAUUCCUACAGCCGUUGCGUCCGAAUAUUUCCAGGCGCCACGACGGCCAGGCCUCACUCUCGAGGAUGGCGAGGAGGACGGCGGUAUGCUUACGGGCGGAGGAGCAGACACCAUGGGCCCCGGGAUGGCUACUAAGAGGCGCAGGCGCCGGGAGCAGAUGGAGGAGGAUGACAGCAGCGAUCUGACCGAUGAGAGCGACGAAGAACAGGAGCAACGUGCUGCCCAGCAAAUCAAAUUCUCAAAGAUGCCAGUGAGACAGCGAGCAGGGUCAUCGCCGGUGCAGGUAUCCCCUGUGAAGCCCCCGACGUCGCCCCGUGUGCCAAGACGAGGAUCUCAGUCAGCUUUGGAGACGGUGCGAGAGAGGCCGCGUAGGGAUACGGUCACCAGCAGCGAGAUAUCCUCCGAGAACGAGUUUGACGUGCCAGCGGCGCUGAGACACCGGGAGGCAGCCCGCGCCGCAGCAAGAGCUGUGCGAUUACAAGAAAAGAUCAACGAGGAACCCAUGCCUCCGGGUCUUCAGAGGGCUGAUACGCAGCUUCUACCCGAGGAGGAGGAAGAUGAUUCGGACGAGGGCUCCGACAUGUCUGGCGACUACGUCGGGAGUAUGGAUUCUGCUUCGAUUCUGGACGGCGUGGAGAAUCCCAUCAACCCUUCACCCACACAACAAGUCGUGGGAACACCGCCUCGAAACUUCCCGCGACACUCCAUCAUCCGCAAGUCGCAGCUACCAUCAAAACCUGUUCUUCUAGAAGCUCUUCCCCCGCCCCGGCCCAUGAGCAUGAUUCGACCCGCCAGCUUCGUCCAGCCCACGAGUCUGCUUUCAGCGGCACUGAAAGCCAAGGAGCAUAAAUCAUCCGUCCCAUUUCAAAAGUUUGCCCAUUUCAGCGGUCAAGGGACGCAGGGGUCUAUCGCUGUGCGAAUUUAUGCCCCGUUUUGCAAGACGGCAAGCAAGCCCCUCGAGGUACUCAUCCGCCCCAGAGUCCACGACGGGCAGAGUGCCGAGCGAGUGGUUUCAGUUACAGACCUGAUUGGCCUGAGUCUGUACCGGUAUAAUGAGGAGAAGAGGGAGCCGCAGAUUCCACCCCGAAAGUACAGUGUCAACUGGUGGACCCUGAGAAUGGUGGAAGACGGCGAGGUCGACGACGAUUUCCCGCCUUUUGAGAGGACAAAGCCGUUGGCUUCAUUUACCACUGUCAACAAUGCGAGUGCAAGGGGCGGGGGAAGGAUGCGGUCCAACUCCACAGCCUACGAUGAAUUUGCGCUGGUGCCCGCUUCAGAAGAGGAGUACGAAGAAAACAAACGCCUGACCCCCCAGCAAGACGAUAACGAAGCCGAGCAGCAGGGGCAACAAGCAGCACCGCCCCUGAACCGUCCCAUAAGCCACGAUGGUGACAGUGAUUCUACCCCUAAAAAUACACCUGCGCCGCCGCGUAAUCCCCUGACAGAUGACAGCCGACCGCGACAGAACCCCAUUGUGACGACAACCUAUCGGCCAAACAUGCCUCUGGCUGAUUCUCCGCAAGUGCCCGUCACAAUGCCAAAUACGACCCGCGGCCAGCAGAAGCUGCUCCGCGUCCACAUCAUGUCUUCGGAUGUGGCGCCAGGACAAAUGGUUACGGUGGACGUCACAACAGAUACAUACCUCGCCGAAGUGCUCGACAUUGUCUGCCGUAAGAGGCAGCUGGACAAGGCUAAUCAUGUGUUGAAACUCCCUCGGUCAGGAGCUGUGGUCAUGAUAGACCGGCCCGUGUCGUCGAUUGGCAAUGUAUCCGAUUUGGAGCUGUACAGGAGACGGUUCGCCACGGACGGCCCGCUGAGCAUGACUGGCUCGCCAAGUAGUUCCUCUCCCAAGACAAUGGGUCUCCCUAGCAGCCAGGGCAUGUCCCAACGGAGGGAACACAAGAGGGACAAGAUGCUCGGGCCGCAUCCACUGGCGCAGGAGGCACUAAAGCAAGACGAGUUUGGCACCGCCAACUACAAGAAGUAUACUGUUUGGCGAAAGCAGCCGAUGCGUCUCGUGGGCAUGAGUGAGCGGAUUCUAGUGAUUGACGGCGAAUAUAUCCACAUUGUCCCGGCAUCUGGGGGCAAAGCGGUCCACGAUGGCGGAGGGAAGACGACAACAGUUCACUUUAGCAACGUGGUGGGCUGCAAGGUGCCGCGAAAGCACCCAACAAACGUCAAGCUGGUGAUUUACAGAGCCACAGAGAGCAAGCGAUAUGAUUUCGAGGCUCGCGGAGCCGACGAGGCAGCUGAGAUUGUGGCCGAGCUGAAGAAAGGUAUUUCGCCGUAUAGAGAAGUGUAG